CUCACACUUAUAUUCGUCACAACAAAAACUUCCAAAACUAGUUCAAUCCUAACUAAUCUUUCUUUCCUUAACCAAACACCAACUAUGGCAUCAAUAACCACACCCUCCUUACUCUUCUUUUCCUUAAUCUCUUUAUCAUUGGCAUUAGACAUGUCAAUCAUUAACUAUACCCAAAAAAGUGGUCGUAGUAACGACGAGAUAAUGACCAUGUACGAGAAAUGGUUGGUAAAACACCAAAAGAUGUAUAAUGGGUUAGGAGAGAAGGACACAAGAUUUCAAAUUUUUAAGGAUAAUUUAAGAUUCAUUGAUGAGCACAAUGCUCAAAAUUACAGUUAUAAAGUUGGGUUGAACAAGUUUGCGGACAUAAAUAAUGAGGAAUAUCGUGACAUGUAUUUAGGCACGAAGAGUGAUGCUAAACGUAGGGUUAUGAAAACUAAGAUCACCGGCCACCGGUAUACAUAUAAUUCCGGUGAUAAGUUACCGGUGAAAGUAGAUUGGAGGUUAAAAGGCGCCGUUACUCAUAUCAAAGAUCAAGGAAGUUGUGGAAGUUGUUGGGCAUUCUCAACCAUAGCCACAGUGGAAGCUAUAAACAAAAUAGUUACAGGGAAGUUUGUGUCUUUAUCGGAACAAGAGCUUGUGGAUUGUGACAGAGCCUUUAAUGAAGGGUGCAAUGGUGGUCUUAUGGAUUAUGCCUUCGAAUUCAUCAUUCGAAAUGGUGGCAUAGACACAGACCAAGACUAUCCAUACAACGGAUUUGAACGCAAAUGUGAUCCAACAAAGAAAAAUGCCAAAGUAGUGAGCAUUGAUGGAUAUGAGGAUGUUCCAUCAUACAAUGAAAAUGCAUUAAAGAAAGCUGUGGCUCAUCAACCUGUGAGUGUUGCUAUUGAGGCCUCUGGCAGGGCUUUACAAUUGUAUCAAUCGGGUGUAUUUACCGGUAAAUGUGGGACAGACUUGGAUCAUGGUGUGGUGGUUGUUGGAUAUGGUUCUGAAAAUGGUGUUGAUUAUUGGCUAGUGAGGAAUUCAUGGGGCACUAACUGGGGUGAAGAUGGGUACUUCAAAAUUGAGCGUAAUGUGAAAAGCACUUCUACAGGGAAGUGUGGAAUUGCAAUGGAAGCCUCAUAUCCAGUGAAGUAUGGUCAAAACACUAAUUCAGCUGCACCUCAACUUUAUGUUACCAGUGCUUGAAACACCCAUCAUUAUUAUUAUCUUAAGUUCUAAAUAUGGUUACUGGUAUGUCUAAUGGAAUUAAUCUUGUAGAUAGAUUAUGAAUUUCUUCGAGUGAAA